AUGGAGUCAGAGAGUGCUAUGUCAAAACAGAUGAACAUAGCAAUGAAAGGCCAUUCAAGUUUUUAUAACAGCAAGUUGGCUCAAAACCUAGCCAAUUUUCUUAAAUGUCCUUUUAUCAACGGAGAUGAUAUCAUCCCGGCCAUCCAAAAAUCUCUUCCUUCCACUUCCUAUAGAAGAUUCUCCAAAUAUAGCAAUAUCGAUUUGAUAAUCGAUAUUGUCUCUCAAAUCUCUACAACCCAGCUCAAUUUGAAUCUUAAUGUUAUCAUCAAUAUGGAGUUUUCUCAACCUACUCAUUACGACCGAUUGGUGAAGCUAGCAAAUUCCACUGGGGCUACCUUGAUCAUCAUCCAUGGGAAAACUGAAAACGAUCAAGGUGGUCAUGAUGUUGGGGUUGGACAUGUUCCUACAGUCAGCAUUGACACUACAAAACCGUUUAUUGUGGAAGACUUGGUUAGUCUCAUCCUACAAGCAGCAAGAAGGAAUGAAAGCAUAGAUGUUGAUCUCGAGCCCAAAGGUGAUGAGAUUGUUGCUCCUCCAUCAGAUCAUAAUAAAAGGGAUGAAAGGGAUUUGGGAGACAUGCAUGUCCAUGAAUUUGAGUUGUCUAAGGAGCCAAAGAAAGAAAAGCUGACCUGCACCAAGUGCGAAAACUUGAUCAUUUCAGGACCGACCUAUCAUUAUGUAGAGUGCGAUGACUUCAUCCUUCAUAAAGAUUGUACCGAGUCUCCAACUUUGUUAAACCUUAAGGAGCAUCGAUUUUCGAUGAAAAAUCCACCCAAUAAAUAUGAUUUCUCCUCACGGAUAGAUGGAUGCCAAUUUUGUCAUGAAUUCAGAUCGAGCUAUCCUGAUUGCCUCCUCCGAGCCAAUGUCAAAGGUGCAUACUUACCAACAAUAUAUAAGUAUAGUGAUCACGAGCAUCCUCUCAACUUUAUCAUCAUGCCAUUCUCAUUUAACUUCCAAUACAAGUGUUGUGCAUGUGAUGGGAUGGGAAAAUUUGUUAGCUACAAAUGUUUCCAAUGUAACUACGACCUCCACACCAAGUGUGCUUUAGUGAUCACCAAGGAUGUGAUUCUACAUCGUAUAAACCUUUUAAAGAAAGUUCUUAACAGUUCUGAUUCUCUUGGGUUUUGGAGGGAUCGUCGUAUCGAGUUUGCUUCAGUGAUCACCAAGGAUGGAAUUCUACAAGAAGUAAACCGCCUUAGAACAGAGGCUAAACAAAAUUACAAUUUUCUGGAUAAGUCGUUAGUCUUUGUUUGCCUCACGGAACAAGAAAGGAUUGUUAUCGGUAAUUGUUUGAAGAUUUAUGCUAGGAUUCAUGAAGAGUUGGACAUAAUUUCGGAGGAUCUCAAUGCCUACUCCAUCAACGAAACUCUUCCACUACAACAUGCUAACUAUCCCAAAACCCGAAUCGAAUUUUUCAAUGAUGUGAUUGGGUUGUCCUAA